AUGCCGCCACCCUCGCGACUCCCCGUCCCGUCCCGAGCCGCUCUUCGCUUCCUUCAAGUCGUGUCCCAUGUCGCCUUCGCAGCUCACGGCCGUGCAGGCGCGCCAGCACUCGUCGCCGCAGUCGCCAGCCACGGCAGAGGGACCCAGUCGCCAGCAUCACCUACCGCCCGACCACUGACGACUACUGCUACUACUACUACUACUACCUCAGGCUGUCCUCGUCACGCUCGCCCCAGGCUUCCGGUCCGAUGUCCGCAGGCACGCAACGCCCCGCCCUCGGCGAACCCGACGCGGCUCACCUUCUGCGCCGCUGCGGCUGGGAAGAAGCCGGUCAAGAGGAAGGAGUCGAGCGAGCCCACGUGGCAGGAAAGGCUGUGGGGGACCGGGGCCAAGAAAGGCGCCAAGCCGCUCAAGCCGGAUGACCUUCGAGGCCAUGAUGACUUUCAAAACGGCUCAUCCAUGUUCACCAGCCGCCGUGUGCUGUCUGCCAAGGCGGCCCUGGAGCCUCGACUGCGAUGCACAGAAGUCGACGAGAACGGCAAGGUGAUUCUCGUAGACGGAGAGUUUAAAAAGACGGAAUUGAUUGCCAAGUUUGGACUCAACCCCCGGGAUCUUCGCAAGAUCGACUCCUCCAACUUGCCCCAUAUCCUCGUCCGUCCGUCGGCUAUUCUUUUGAAUCUCCUGCACCUAAAGGUUCUCAUCAAGCAUGACCGCGUCUUGCUGUUUGAUGUGUACGGGUCCAAGACUUCUUACCCGCAGUCAGCCUUCAUGUACGACCUCCAGGGCAAGCUGCAGCAGAAGCCAUCGCAGGGCUCCAACGGCCUCCCCUACGAGUUCCGCGCUCUCGAAGCCGUCCUGACCUCGGUGACGUCGGAGAUGGAAGCCGACUUCGAGGCUGUGCGCGAGCCCGUCAUGCGCAUCCUCAGCGAGCUGGAGGACGACAUUGAUCGGGACAAGCUGCGGGUGCUGCUCAUCUUGUCGAAGCGGGUCAGCACGUUUGAGCAAAAGGCCAAGCUGGUCCGGGACGCUCUCGAAGAGCUCCUCGAGGCUGACGACGACCUCGCGGCCAUGUACCUGACGGAGAAGACGCACGACCUUCACCGAGGGCUGGACGAUCAUACCGAAGUGGAAAUGCUGCUCGAGUCCUACAACAAGCUGACCGACGAAAUCGUGCAAGAAGCGGGCAACCUGACGUCUGGAAUCCGAAACACGGAAGAAAUAAUCCGUGCCAUCCUCGACGCCAAUCGAAACGCCCUCAUGCUGCUGGACCUCAAGUUCAGCGUCGGCACUCUCGGGCUAGCCAUGGGAACCUUCCUGGCCGGCCUGUACGGCAUGAACCUGGAAAACUUCAUCGAGGAGACCAACUGGGGGUUCGGCGCCGUCGUCUCCAUCUCGAGCGUGGCGUCCAUCCUCGUGUGCUGGUACGGCCUGAUCAAGCUGCGCAAAGUCCAGCGCAUCAAGAUGAUGUACAGCGAGAGGCCGCACGUCCCGCGCAGCAGCCAGCACUCGUACCAGUACCACUAUGGCGACGCGAGCGCCCUGGGGCUCCUGGACUCGAGGAACAGGGAGAUGCUUCGCCGCGCCCACAUGCAAAAGGUGGUGGCGCGCAGGCAAGCCUGGUUCGCGUUCUGGAAGGCCUGA